AUUCUUGAAACUAUGCCGAUGACUGAGAAAGUUGAAGAAUUGCUACAUGUCAUAGGCCCAUUUUAUGAAAUUGUAGAGGACAAAAAGAGUGGCAGAAGUUCUGAUUUAACUUCAGUCCGACUGGAGAAAAUCUCUAAAUACUUAGAAGAUCUUGGUAAUGUUCUAACUUCUACUCCAAAUGCCAAAACUGUUAAUGGUAAAGCUGAAAGCAGUGAUAGUGGAGCUGAGUCUGAGGAAGAAGAGGCCCAAGAAGAAGUGAAAGAAGCAGAACAAAGUGAUAAUGGUAAGAAAAUGAUGAAGAAAUCCACAGACUAUGAGAAUUUGGAAAUUGUUGUCACUAAUGGCUAUGAUGAAGACAGCCUUGUUCAGAAUGGACAGUGCGAUACUCAGGCCAGUUCUUCCCUGAGUGGCAGCAGCACUGAAGAAAUAAAACCUGUAGAUCCAAACUUGGAGCAAACUGAAAAAACUGCUGUCUGCAUUCAUCAAGAUAUAAAUGAUGAUCAUGUUGAAGAUGUUUUGGGAAUUCAGCAUUUGACAAGCGAUUCAGACAGUGAAGUUUACUGUGAUUCCAUGGAGCAAUUUGGACAAGAAGAGUCUUUAGACAGCUUUACAUCAAACAGUGGGCCAUUUCGAUAUUGCUUGGGUAGUGAUCCCAGUCAGCCCUUGGAAAAUUGUGGUUUUCCUGAAGAUGUUCGGGUACUUCAUGGGAGUGGCAUUGUCAGGGAUAUGCACAUGAUAGCAGUCGAUGGAAAAGGUGAAAUACAGCAUGGAGGAGAAGAUGGCCGGAGCAACAGUGGGGCACCACACCGAGAGAAACGGGGUGGAGAAAGUGAGGAAUUCUCCAAUGUCAGAAGAGGGAGAGGGCAAAGGAUGCAACAUUUGAGCGAAGGAACCAAGGGUUGGCAAGUGGGAAGUGGAGGUGACGGGGAACGCUGGGGUUCCGACCGAGGGACGCGAGGCAGCCUCAAUGAGCAGAUCGCUCUCGUGCUCAUGCGACUGCAGGAGGACAUGCAGAAUGUCCUGCAGAGACUUCACAAACUGGAAAUGCUAGCGGCCUCGCAGGCAAAGUCAUCAACAUUACAGACUAGUAAUCAGCCUUCCAUACAGGUAAGAAACACUUUUCUUAAAUCUAAGUGCUGGGGUUUUAAAUAA